GGCUGUGAUUUCCACUUAUUCUCUGUCAGCCAAUCAUGCAGAGGUCGCUAAUGAGCGGCUGUUGAUUAAUGACACACUGAUGAUGAGUUUGAGUCUGAUCUGCAGACUCGGAGAGCAAACGAAUGCAUGGCUUCAGUUCAAGAUAAAGUUGCUGCAUUAAAUCUUGCAGGGAAAUUAUACAGCCCCAUGAACCGACCUCCCGAUCGCAGAUUGAUCAACAGACCUCAAGAUGAACAGACCAACAAGGUUCAAAACAAAGACAUCUGGAGGCACAUCAUCACUGUCCUGCAGGCCCAGGUGAAGGUGAAGAAGCGCAGGCAGCAUCUGAAGUCUCACGACAGCUGCUUUCUGGGCUCUGAUGCAGUGGAUGUCAUCCAGGCUCAUCUGACUCAGAGCCAGGUUCUGGGAGAUGCCCUGGUCUCCAGAGUCAUGGUGGCCCGUCUGUGUCAGGUGCUGCUGGACUGCAAGGUGUUUGAGGCGCUGGGAACCAAAGGUCUGGGGAAGAUCAGUAAACCAGGAGUCUUCCAGGACAGCAGCAGCAGUCUCUACAGAUUCCUGAACACCGAGGAUCUGUCCCAGGACAUGCUUGAAAUGGCUCUUUUCCCUCACAGUGAAGAGAGCAUUAUGAACAUCACACCAUGCAGGCCGGACAUCCUGUUAUUCUCUCACAGCACACCUGUGAAGCCGGGUCAGACACUGGAUCGGCUCAUGGAGAAGCUGGACUUGACUGGACUUGUCGGUUCUCCUCCUGAUGAAUAUAUUCCACCCUCUGUGGUCAGAGAAGUGUGGCAGGAGCAGACGGUACGCAGGCUGUCCCAGCUGAUAGAUCUCCCCCUGCUGGAAGGGGUGCUGAACUGCGCACGCAUCGUCUCCCCCCCGUCCCGCGGCAGAGAUAAUGAGCCAGGCCUGCUGUACACCAGCAGCUACCUCGACCGAGAGGUUCUGAAGGCCUUCAAACAAUCACAAGCUGAUGUUUGGUUGUCGGCAGCCAUAGACCUGCUGGAUUUCCUUCCGGAUCAUCUGGUGGUGGAGGUGAGCAGAGAAAUGCCCACGUUCGCCUGUGAGGAAGAGGAUGGAGAGGUCAGACCCUCAGUCCACAAUGAAUGCAAAUUGCUGCUGUUUCACGUGCUGGAAAAACACUACGGACACGUGGAGCGCAGGCCUCUCCUCUGUGACAGCAUGGCAGACGUCUACAUCCAGAUCAUGGAACUCCUGGCGAACGGGAUGUUUGAAGGAGCUUUGGAAGUCCUGCAGCUGACGCUGAAGCUGCUGUCUGCGUCUGCACGCGAGGAACUGCGCAGACUUCUGGAGUUCAUGGCAGCGGCUGCAGACGCUGCGAGUGUCCGGCUGCACAGAGAAAUUGAAAACCGGGUGGUUGUGAAGAAGACGUUCACCAGAGCCGUCAUCCAGAGCAAGAGUCUGACCAAAGGAAACAUGGACCUGCUGAUGCUCUUCAUGCUCGACAACCACCAGGAGAUCUUCAAGAUUCCAGGUUCUCUUCACAAACUGGUCAGUGAGAAACUGGAUGAGAUUGUGAAACAAAGAGAUUCUACGUCUACCGACACCCCACUUUGUCAGCGAGUGCCAAGAGACGCGUACACAGAGACCAUAAAGAACGUGACUAAAAACGAGCUGUACUCUCUCCUGAAAAACAUCGACGAAAACACCAAAUAUUCCCUGAAAGAGAAGAACCGACUCCUGGCACAGUUUUAUAAGGGACAUCCAGACAUCUUCACGCAGUAUUUUGGGUCUAGACUGAGCACACUAAACCUUGAAGUUUAAGUUCAUGGUGUCCUGGAAAUGCAUUUUUUUUUAAUGUCUUAAUCCAAAUAAACAUAUAUUUAAGUGUCAAAUAA